AUGGGGUUAUGUGGUUCGAAAGAGGAUGAUACUCCGAGAUAUGAUUCAGUCAAUAGAAAGGAUACAAGAACAGAGACUACUACAGCAAGAAGUAGGACAAAAUCUUCCACAACAAAACACAACUCUUCACAUAAGAAUACGGCGAAUAAUAACCCAACGUCGAAAACUACAAGUUACAAUGAUAAUACUACUAAUGACAAUUCCCAUAUUUAUAAUGAUAAUAAAAACCAUAACGAUAACAUAACCACUUCAACAAGCAAUAAUACGAAAACAAAUAAUUCAAAUAUAAUGAAUAACUACCAUAAGAAUAAUAAUAGUACCAAUAAUACCAAUAGCAAUAACAAUAAUGAUAUAAAUGAAUUUAAUAAUAAUAAUAAUAUAAGUGAUAGGAACAGUAAUAUUAAUAGUAAUAAUGCUUUGGAUAGUUCCAUACCUACCUCUAUAAAUUUCCAAGAUUCAAAUGACUCAAAUGAAGAAGUAAAAGUACUGCUAUUAGGUGCAGGUGAAAGUGGUAAAUCAACUAUUCUAAGACAAUUAAAAAUUAUACAUCAAAAUGGAUUUUCUAUUGAUGAAAGAAUUCAUUAUAGAGCUUGCAUAUACGAUAAUCUAUUAGAGAUUGGCCAAGAUUUAAUUAAUGCAUUAAGGAAAUUCGGUGAUAAAGAUGAUAUACAUAUAAAGACUUUAUUUUUAAAAAUUACUUCAAAGAAAAAAAUUAAAAAUUCAAAUACUAAAAAAAUGUCAGAAAAAAAUUCUAGCCAAUCUGAAGAAGAUGACGAAGAAGAAGAGGAAGAAGAGGAAGAAGAGGAAGAAGAGGAAGAAGAGGAAGAGGAAGAAGAAGAAGAAGAAGAAGAAGAGGAAGAAGAAGGAGAAAUAGAAGAGGAGUUAGAAUCUGAACGAUCGGAAAAUACAAAAAUAAAUACGAUAACAAAUUCAGAAAUUAAUGUAAAAACUCAAUCUAACACGGAGGAGGAUGCCAUAAAUGAAAAUAAAGAUGUUUCCAAUACAAAGGAUAAUCCUACAGAUCAUCAUAAUAAACGUUCACAAUUAACUAAAAAUCAAAUAAAACGCUUCUUGGAUUAUGCAAGGGAAAAUAAGUUAAAAAUGUCAAAGGUAAAUCAAUUCCCCAGAGAGUAUUACGUUACAUUAUACAAAAUAUGGCAUUUACCUGAAACUAAACAACUGAUAAAUGGCCCAGAUAGAAAUAAAUUCUAUUUAAUGGAUUCAGCACCUUACUUUUUACACCAUAUUUCAAGAAUUUCAAAGAAAAACUUUAUUCCAUCUGAUCAAGAUAUUUUACGAUUGAGAAAACAAACUUCAGGUGUUCUUGAUACUGUUGUUGACAUGGGCUCCAAUUUUAAAAUGCACGUAUUUGAUGUAGGCGGCCAAAGAUCAGAACGUAAACAAUGGAUUCAUUGCUUUAAUAAUGUAACAAUGGUCAUUUUUUGCGUCUCACUAUCCGAAUAUGAUCAGUUCUUGAUGGAAGAUAAUGCGCAAAAUAGAUUCCAAGAAUCUUUGGUUUUGUUCGAUAACAUCAUCAAUAGUAGGUGGUUUUCCAGAUCGUCUGUGGUAUUAUUCCUAAAUAAAAUUGAUUUAUUUGCUGAGAAAUUAUCAAAGAUCCCUUUGAACAAAUUUUUCCCUGAUUACACUGGUGGUAAUGAUAUUAAUAAGGCAACUAAAUAUAUAUUAUGGAGGUUUAUGAAAUUAAAUAGAUCAAAUUUAACGAUUUACCCUCAUGUUACUCAAGCUACAGAUACUUCUAAUAUCAAAUUAGUGUUUGCUGCUAUAAAGGAAACAAUUUUAGAAAAUUCUUUAAAGGCUUCAGGUGUCUUAUAA